ACAGGCAUCAAAAUCCAGUUCGGAUAGCUUGAAACAGAGGCCGGGUGAACUCUGCUCGAUCCUGCUCGGUGGGCAUCUCUCAGAUUACAUAACUUCAUCAACCAUGGGUCGUCCUGAUUCGGAGGCACCGGCAUCGAGCGUUGCCUACGGAGGCGACGGAGGCGCGGCGGCGCCCGCGGGGGUGGGGGCAGACCCGGCUUUCGAGACCAACGUGGUGAUCAUCCUGGCCGCGCUCUUCUUCGCGCUGCUCCUCGUCAUUGGACUCAAUUUAAUGGUGCGGUGCGCGCUCCGGCGCGUGUGGCGCGGGGCCGCUGCCGCUGCUGGCGAGGGCAGGGCGUCGGCGCGGGUGGCCUGCAGCGGCAGCGGCAUCAAGAGGCGCGUCCUCAGGAGCCUCCCCGUGGAGGUGUAUGGCUCCGGGGAGGUUAUCGACGACGUGUGCGCCAUAUGCCUGAGCGAGUUCGUGGACGGCGAGAAGGUGCGCGUGCUGCCGCUAUGCGGGCACGGCUUCCACGUCCGCUGCGUCGACGCCUGGCUGGUGUCCCACGGCUCGUGUCCCACUUGCCGGCGGCCGGUCAUCGAGAAGGGCGCCAGCCGCGGUGUCGUCGAAAGCCAGCGCCCUGCGGAGACGGACACGAUCAUCACCGUGGUGAUCGUGUGAGUUUUUCGCGCAAGGAAGCAUGGCAUUGCUGACGAUACAUCACAGUUCGAAACGCUCAAUUGCCCAUGUAAAUAUUCAACGGCGCAAAGCGCUGCACAGACAAUACUAUAAGUAGUAUACA